AUGUUUCUUACUAUAUUAUUUAUUGGUAUUGCAUUGGUAAUUGUAAUGUUAUUAUUACCAUAUGCUUCAGGAUUAACCAAGAUUGAAAUCGACACCACUCAUCAUGGUCAUAAGAAAUCAAAUCAGCAAAAGAAACAAUCUUCUCCAGAAUUUUCCCAACAACAACAACAAGCCAAUCAACAGUAUGGAUAUAUUCCACCUGAUGAAUUACAAUCUCAAGAACAAGAAUCUGAAGAACAUGGAUUUUUAAAGAAUAGAGCACAUGCAUUUAAAGAAAAGCUUCAAGUCACGUCAGAAGAUAUGCCUUUGAAAAUUAAAUUGAAUAAAUUUAAUAAUGCUGAUUCUAGUUUGAGAAACAGAAAGAAGGAAAAAUUGGAUAUUGAUACCAACCCAAACAAUUAUGAUUAUGAUAUUGAUGAAUUGAUUGCUGAAGAAACUGAAAUAUCAAGAAAGGAACAACAAUCUGAAUUUUAUAAAGACCAAGUCAUUGGAAAAGAAAAAGAAGAAAUGGUUUAA